CAAAAAAUAAACUUUAUUUGUCUUCCCUGAAAAACUUGAUCUCAGUAGCGAAUAGCCAUCGUCUUCUUCCCACUGACCACUUCCCUGAAAAAGCUCCUCCAGAAGAGUUUGGAAUCUAGAAUUUUGAAGCAUGGGGCACGGUGAAAAAGGUCGACCCAGCAAAAGGCACAAGGCUAAGGAGGAUCAUAGGGCUGAAGAAGAGGAGGUCUACUAUACAGAAGACUUUGAAGAUAUUAAUCAAGAUGGGGAAAAUAAAAGGGAUUUUACUAAGUUGGAGCUUAAGCCAGAUCAUGCGAAUAGACCGUUAUGGGCUUGCGCGGAUGGGCGCAUCUUUCUUGAGACUUUCUCUCCCUUGUACAAACAAGCAUAUGAUUUUCUUAUUGCCAUUGCAGAACCAGUUUGCAGGCCAGAGUCUAUGCAUGAGUAUAAUUUGACUCCACACUCGUUGUAUGCGGCUGUAUCAGUGGGUCUUGAAACUGAAACUGUCAUAUCUGUUUUAAAUAAAUUGUCAAAGACCAAGCUUCCAAAGGAGAUGAUUGACUUCAUACAUGCUUCAACUGCCAAUUAUGGCAAAGUAAAGCUUGUACUUAAGAAAAAUCGAUAUUUUGUUGAAUCUCCAUUUCCAGAGGUACUGAAAAAGUUGCUGAAAGAUGAAGUUAUAUCUCGUUCAAGGAUUGCUUCUGAGGGAAAUGAUGGCUUCACUAUUAGCAAGUCAUUGGGUGAAAUUGAAGGUAGACAUGAAGAGUUAUUAAAUGAAGCACAACUAGCUGCUGCAGCUGAAGAGAAAGAAGCUCACGCAUUUGAAGUCGAUCCUGCUCAGGUUGAAAAUGUUAAGCAGCGUUGCUUGCCAAAUGCGUUGAACUAUCCAAUGCUCGAGGAGUAUGACUUCAGAAACGACACUGUCAAUCCUGAUCUUGACAUGGAAUUGAAGCCUCAGGCACAGCCACGACCGUAUCAAGAAAAAAGUCUUAGUAAGAUGUUUGGGAAUGGCAGAGCUAGAUCUGGUAUUAUUGUAUUACCAUGCGGUGCAGGGAAGUCUUUAGUAGGUGUAUCUGCAGCUUCCCGUAUAAAAAAGAGCUGCCUUUGUUUAGCUACUAAUGCUGUUUCAGUGGACCAAUGGGCAUUUCAGUUUAAAUUGUGGUCGACCAUUCGAGACGAUCAAAUUUGCAGGUUCACCUCUGACAGCAAAGAGAGAUUUCGCGGUAAUGCUGGUGUUGUUGUGACCACAUAUAAUAUGGUAGCAUUUGGUGGGAAGCGAUCUGAAGAAUCUGAAAAGAUUAUUGAGGAAAUAAGAAAUAGAGAAUGGGGUUUGCUUCUCAUGGACGAGGUCCACGUGGUUCCUGCUCACAUGUUUAGAAAGGUCAUCAGCAUUACCAAAUCUCACUGCAAGCUGGGGUUAACUGCUACACUUGUACGUGAGGAUGAAAGAAUUACGGACUUGAACUUUCUGAUUGGGCCUAAGUUGUAUGAAGCAAAUUGGCUGGAUUUGGUAAAAGGCGGGUUUAUUGCAAAUGUUCAGUGUGCUGAAGUGUGGUGUCCAAUGACAAAGGAGUUCUUUGCCGAAUAUCUGAGGAAAGAAAAUUCUAAAAAGAAGCAGGCACUAUAUGUGAUGAACCCUAAUAAGUUUAGAGCUUGCGAGUUUCUUAUUCGAUUUCAUGAGGAGCAACGCCGUGAUAAGAUUAUUGUAUUUGCUGACAAUCUUUUUGCACUCAUAGAAUACGCAAAGAAGCUAAAGAAGCCUAUGAUAUAUGGUGCCACAAGCCAUGUUGAGAGGACCAAAAUUCUUGAAGCUUUCAAAACAAGUCGAGACGUGAACACAGUUUUCCUUUCAAAGGUAGGUGAUAACUCUAUAGAUAUUCCUGAGGCAAAUGUGAUCAUUCAAAUUUCAUCACAUGCUGGUUCAAGGCGUCAAGAAGCCCAACGACUUGGUCGUAUUCUCAGGGCGAAGGGUCGGCUUCAAGAUCGAAUGGCAGGUGGUAAGGAGGAAUAUAAUGCCUUCUUUUACUCCCUAGUAUCAACAGAUACACAGGAAAUGUACUACUCAACAAAAAGGCAGCAGUUUCUGAUUGAUCAAGGGUACAGCUUUAAGGUAAUCACAGGAUUGCCUCCACCUGAUACAGGUGCGGAGCUGAGCUAUUAUAGUCUGGAUGAACAAAAUAAACUUCUUACAAAGGUACUAACUGCAGGUGAUGAUCAAGUUGGUUUGGAGAUAUUAGACGAGGAUACAGAUGAUGUGGCCCUUCAGAAAGCCCGUCGUUCCAUGGGGUCUAUGAGUUACAUGUCAGGAGCAAAUGGAAAGAUUUACAUGGAGUACAACACGGGACGAAACAAAGGCCAGAUGCGAAGCAAGCCCAAGGAUCCAACAAAGAGACAUCAACUUUUCAAGAAACGUUUUGUUUAAGCAUAUUCCAUUUCACCAUGUUGCUCCUGAUUCAGCAGUUACAUAGAUUUCGUUUUGUUUUAAAAAGUCUGCGUGCAAGCUUCUAUGGCAACAUUUCACUUAUCGUUCAGUGGAUACAAAUCUUCCCGUUAACAAAGAGGUUGGCUCUUGGUAUGGUGGUAUUGGAAUUUGAAGUGGGACUAAAUCAAUGUGAUCACUGUCAUGAUGUGGCAACUCAGAAUGAGAACAAUCCCAAGUUUGCAAUGCUUUGACAUCCCUGCAACUUCAACAUUUGUCCAGAUUUGGCACUCCUGGUGUGAGUGCUCAUGCCUACAAGAUCGUCAUCGAUUUUUAUUUUCCAUACUUGGGCUCUAUUUGAAUUUCGUUGUUCAAAACUGUUGUGCCGAUAGAAUCUGUUGGUGAGGAAAAUUAAAUUGAUAGAUGUAUGAUAUAUUUUUGAUUGUGCCUGUGUUGUAUAAAAAUAAUAUUGUUUUCGUGA